AUGAGUCCUACGGUACCCCGCCCUGGAGCUGCGAAACUGGGACCUCGUUCCGGUCUGGAGGAGUGGUUAGCAGAGGCGAAACAAUGUCAUUAUCUACCAGAGUGGGCAAUGAAACAACUUUGUGAAAUGGUAAAGGAGUGCUUGAUGGAAGAGUCAAAUAUACAGCCUGUCGCAACCCCUGUUACCAUUUGUGGUGAUAUCCAUGGACAAUUUUACGAUUUACUUGAACUCUUCCGUAUUGCUGGUGGUAUGCCGGGCGAGACAAAUGUUCAAGCCCCCACCACUGUGAUCAACACGGAUGCGCUCGAACCACCUACUGAAAUUACAGAUCCAAAAUUGAAGAAGAAGAUACGAAGUAGUGACAGUGGUGUGGAAAGCGCAAGUGGAGGCGAUGAUGAUGAUGACGAUGAUGAACCUCGAGGACGACCACGCACUGCAGGUGGAUCAAAUCGCAGUACGAGUUCUGGAGCAGAUUCCGGGAUUAAUGUCAACAAUAAUCAAGUCUCUGGAAAUGGGAACCAAAAUUUUAUCUUCUUGGGUGAUUUCGUCGAUAGAGGAUAUUUCAGUCUGGAAACUUUCACAUUACUUAUGUGCUUGAAAGCUACAUAUCCUGAUAAGAUUACUCUUGUUCGCGGAAAUCACGAAUCUCGUCAAAUCACGCAAGUAUAUGGGUUCUACGAAGAAUGUCAACAAAAAUACGGUAAUGCUUCGGUUUGGAAAUCUUGUUGUCAGGUUUUCGACUUCCUCGUGCUUGCAGCAGUUGUUGAUGGAGAAGUUCUUUGCGUCCAUGGUGGUUUGAGUCCAGAAAUUCGUACUGUUGAUCAAAUCAGAGUUGUUGCACGUGCUCAAGAAAUUCCUCAUGAGGGUGCUUUCUGUGAUUUGGUAUGGAGUGAUCCUGAGGAUGUUGAUACUUGGGCUGUUUCUCCUCGCGGGGCUGGAUGGCUAUUUGGAGACAAGGUUGCCAAUGAAUUCAAUCAUGUCAAUGGUUUGAAGCUUAUUGCUCGUGCUCAUCAACUUGUCAAUGAAGGAUACAAGUAUCAUUUCGCACAAAAAUCUGUCGUUACUGUCUGGUCAGCUCCUAACUACUGUUACCGAUGUGGCAACGUCGCUUCAAUUAUGAACGUUGGAGAAGAUCUCAAUCCUAAAUUCAGCAUUUUCAGUGCCGUACCAGAAGAUCAACGUGCAGUUCCAGCCGGUCGGAGAGGUGCUGGAGAUUACUUCCUCUAA